CGGUCGCCGGCGAGCCGUGGCCGGAUCCUGGCACACAGCAUGAUCGUUGCAGACUCCGAGUGCGGCGCGCAGCUGAAGGGCUACCUGCCAUUCUCCCCGGGCGGCGGCGGCGGCGGCGGCCCCGGGGCCGGAGAGGAGCAGAGGGGAAGUCGGACUCGGCGAGGUCCCCGAGGGCCCAGCGCCUUCAUCCCAGUGGAGGAGGUCCUUCGGGAGGGAGCAGAGAGCCUGGAGCAACAUCUGAGGCUGGAGGCAUUGAUGUCCUUGGGGCGAGUGGACAACCUGGCGGUGGUGAUGGGCCUGCACCCUGACUACCUUAGCAGCUUUUGGCGUCUACACUACCUCCUGCUGCACACAGAUGGGCCCCUGGCCAGCUCGUGGCGCCACUACAUUGCCAUCAUGGCUGCCGCCCGCCACCAGUGUUCCUACCUGGUGGGGUCCCACAUGGCUGAGUUUCUGCAGACUGGUGGUGACCCUGAGUGGCUGCUCGGUCUCCAUCAUGCCCCCGAGAAGCUGCGCAAGCUCAGCGAGAUCAACAAGUUGCUGGCACACCGGCCGUGGCUCAUCACCAAGGAGCACAUCCAGGCCUUGCUGAAGACAGGCGAGCACAGCUGGUCUCUGGCGGAGCUCAUCCAGGCCCUGGUCCUGCUCACCCACUGCCACUCGCUGGCCUCCUUUGUGUUUGGCUGCGGCAUCCUCCCUGAGGGGGACCCAGAGGGCAGCCCUGCCCCCCAGGCACCUUCACCCCCCAGUGAGCAGAGCAGCCCCCCCAGCAGGGACCCAAUGAACAACUCUGGGGGCUUCGAGGCUGCCCGAGACGUGGAAGCGUUGAUGGAGCGCAUGAGGCAGCUGCAGGAGAGCCUGUUACGGGAUGAGGGAGCAUCCCAGGAGGAGAUGGAGAGCCGCUUUGAGCUGGAGAAGUCAGAGAGCCUUCUGGUGGCUCCCUCAGCUGACAUCCUGGAGCCCUCUCCACACCCAGACAUGCUGUGCUUUGUGGAGGACCCCACUUUUGGAUAUGAGGACUUUACCCGGCGAGGGGCUCAGGCACCCCCCACCUUCCGUGCCCAGGAUUAUACCUGGGAAGACCAUGGCUAUUCACUGAUCCAACGGCUCUACCCUGAGGGUGGGCAGCUGUUGGAUGAGAAGUUCCAGGCAGCUUAUAGCCUCACCUACAACACCAUUGCCAUGCACAGUGGAGUAGACACCUCCAUGCUCCGGAGGGCCAUCUGGAAUUACAUCCACUGUGUCUUUGGUAUCAGAUAUGAUGACUAUGACUACGGGGAGGUGAACCAGCUCCUGGAACGGAACCUCAAGGUCUAUAUCAAGACGGUGGCCUGCUACCCAGAGAAGACCACCCGAAGAAUGUACAACCUCUUCUGGAGGCACUUCCGCCACUCAGAGAAGGUCCACGUGAACUUGCUGCUCCUGGAGGCCCGCAUGCAGGCUGCCCUUCUCUACGCCCUCCGUGCCAUCACCCGCUACAUGACCUGACUGCGAGCAGGAUCUGGGCCCGGAGCAGCUGACCCUGGGGGCAUCCUCCUCCCUGCAAGGACUUCUCUUUCUGGAGACAGACCCCGAUCCUUUUCUGUCCCAGCCCCCCCUCCCCUACUCUGGAGGUGGGCUUGAGUGUGACUUGUAGCCCCUGAGCCGUACCCUCCUUUUUUCUUACCAGAACGGACAGGAUCAUUGCAUUGACCUCAGCAGAGAUCUCUGCAGAGAUCUCAGCUCUGCCCUCGGGAGCUGGAAGAGGAGGACUAGCAGAUCGCAAGGGACCAUGCCCCUCUUCCUGCCCCUAACCCCAGAGGCGGAGGGCACCGGAAGGAAAUGAGCUGAGCUCAGACUCGUGUGCCAGCAGGCUGGGCCGCAGGCAUCACAAGUACUGUGGCAUUCCUGGACUGGGAGGUCCCUGCCUGCCCCUGAAGGAGAGGGGCGGACACCUGCAGGGACUGACACUCCAAGCAGUUGUGCCCUUUCUCCUCCUCCUCCUCCCUCACUCCCAGAUUUCAUUACCUCCCACCUGCCAUUCACCCAUCAAUGUGAAAGUCAGUGUCACAGCUGGUCUGUGUGUUCGGCUCCCCAGAAGCCUGUUCUGUUGGGCAGCCUGAAGGCCCCCUGUUCCCUAGUUGCCCUGAUCCUAGUUUAGCACCUUUGACUUCCUUCACCCUCUGACUCUUUUUUUUCCCAUGCCUGAUGGUGUGAGGCCCCAGAAGAGAGAUCAAGCACGUCAAAAAAGUAGAUUGUCUCUAGAGAGCUUGGGGUGUCUGUGGGUCCCUCUGACUUCUGAAGAGGAGGGAGUAUUAUAAAUUCUCUGUAUUUUUGGUUCUUUAUGGGUGAGGUUCUUGGGGGCCUCACUUCUCUAGCCACAGUCAAUGCCUGAGGAGAAGGACAAGGAGAAAUCUGUUCUGCCCGGGACUGUACCUGCCCUACAGAGGCCAGCACCCCACUCUCCUAUCUCCCACGGCUGUGCCACAGACAUUUCCCAACAAGUGAGCCUUCCUAGGUGGCUUAGGAGGAAUGGGCUCAGGGGGAGAGUCAGGAGACCCCAGGGUCUUGUUUGGGUCCUGCCCAAACUGGUCAGGUGACCAGGACUAUGUUGCCAAACAUCUUUGACCUCCGUUUUUACAGUCGCAGUUGCAGACUGAAGGCUGAGACUGUAUGUGAUGUCUGAGUCUCCUCUGGGCUUCUCAGGCCAACCUGCCAGCAGCGAACUGCAAAUCUUGCAGAAUCUCAAAGGCCUCUAGGGACGCCCCGCCCUGGCAGUCAGUCUCUCCUGGCCACCUUCCAAGGACACCUCCCCCCCCACCCCACCCCCCAUCCCAGUUUCUGUCCCCUCCUCGAUUUACGUGGAUUGCUCGGAGGCAGAAGCAGCCAAGGACCGAUCCCAGGCACUUUCUGUAGCAAAUAAGCUG